CAUUUACAUGCCAAAACCAGGUUGAUUCUGCCAUGGUCUAGACUCUGGGGGUUUUAGUGACACCUAGUGUUGAACGGAAAGUAUUGCUGAUUGUUUACAAAUAUUAAAUUACGACUAUUUUCAGUUCCUUUUCUUAGAACAAUAAGAGGUAGCGUCCAAUUGCAGAGACAGAAGCUACAGAUGGUUGUUUCAUUCUGAGUAGGACUCAUCAGUGUAGUGCAGGAACGUGUGAUAACCAUAGGAAGCUCUAUAGUAGCAGAUGUUAAGCGAACCGUCAGAGCCAGCCAGUGACAGGUGCACAUUAUUAGGGCGGAAUGUGACCGUCUGUUGCGAUUUCAAACGAAAAGGGCGGAGGGAAGCUGCUAUUGUGCUCAGUGCCAGCCCGGCUGUACAGUAAGUGUCACACGCACAUCUGACACGGGAUACCCAGGGCCCUGACGUCCAAGCUUUCCCACUGUACAAGAAGUCGCCAUGGGGCUGUGGUGUCUGCUAGCUGACGCUGCUGGUCUGCUCCUGCUUCUGGCUGUCGUCUGUUUCCUCCUGUAUUGUGGCUACAUCCACUACAUCCAUAUGAAGUAUGACCACAUUCCCGGACCCCCCAGAGACAGCUUUCUGUUUGGACACUCACCUACAAUAAUCAAGAUAAUGAAGAAUAAUCUGAUCAUCUAUGAUAAAUUCUUGGAAUGGGUGGAGAAGUACGGUCCGGUGAUCCGCAUUAAUGGGUUCCACAAUGUGCUGAUCCUAGUUAUUAGUCCAGAAGGAGUGAAGGAAUUCUUGAUGUCACCAAAAUACUCCAAGGACCGCUUCUACGAUCGCAUUGGCACCAUGUUUGGAGUAAGAUUCUUGGGAAACGGUUUAGUGACGGAUCGGGACUAUGAUCAUUGGCACAAACAGAGGCGGAUUAUGGAUCCAGCAUUCAGCAGAACCUACCUGAUUGGCUUAAUGGAAACCUUUAAUGAGAAGGCGGAGGAUCUGGUGGGUAAACUGGAUGAAGUGGCAGAUGGGAAAAGUCAGGUUGGGAUGCACCGGAUGCUGAGCGGAGUCACACUGGACGUAAUAGCGAAGGUGGCCUUUGGGAUGGAUCUGAAUUCGCUUCACGACGAUCAGACACCGUUUCCUCGCGCUGUUUCAGUGGUGAUGAGCGGUAUGGUGGAAACGAGGAACCCUUUGUCAAAGUUUAAUCCCAGAAAAUUGACCCUUAUCAGAGACGUGCAAGAUAACAUCAGACUUCUCAGGAAAACCGGCAGAGAGUGUAUUGAUAAAAGGAUGAAGGCGAUUCAGGAUGGAGAAGACAUCCCAACGGACAUCCUGACGCAGAUCCUCAAAGGGGCAGAGCUGGAAGAUGGCUGCAAUAUGGAGGAUUUAAUAGACAACUUUGUCACUUUCUUCAUUGCGGGCCAAGAAACGACGGCCAAUCAGUUAUCAUUCGCUGUGAUGGAAUUAGCGCGGAACCCUGAGAUACUGUCAAAGGCCCAGUGUGAAGUGGAUGAAGUUAUAGGUUCCAAGAGAGACAUUGAAUAUGAAGAUCUCGGGAAGCUUCAGUACUUGUCCCAGGUCCUAAAGGAAACCCUACGGUUAUACCCAACAGCACCUGGCACAUCAAGGGCACUAGAAGAGGAAAUGGUCAUCGAUGGAGUCAGGAUUCCACCAAUGACUACUCUGAUGUUUAACUCGUACAUCAUGGGGAGGAUGGAGCAGUUUUAUCCGGAUCCCCUCGUCUUCAACCCAGACAGAUUCCACCCCGAUGUUCCCAAGCCUGCGUAUACCUAUUUCCCAUUUUCUCUUGGGCCGCGGUCUUGCAUUGGACAAGUGUUUGCUCAGAUGGAGGCCAAGGUGGUGAUGGCAAAACUCCUGCAGAGGUUGGAGUUUGAGCUGGUGGAAGGACAGAGCUUCAAGAUUUUGGAUACGGGGACUCUGCGUCCCUUGGACGGCGUGAUCUGCAGGCUGAGACCCCGGACAGGAAAGAAAUAGACUAUCACGUUACCUGCUACAAAAGUGGCGUCAGGUCACAAGCGGAGUGCUUCCUGCGUGGCACAGAGCCCCAGGGCGACUGGUCUGUCCUUUUGAUAGACGAGAAGUCAUUUUUGACAUUUAAACAUUUUAGCUUUUUGUUAGCAAUAUAUUAAAUUUCUCUUGGUAUAAUGA